GCACGUCUAUGUAGUAUGACUAUCGUACACAAUAAUGGUGCGCGUUUAAAUGAAAUUCAAUCCUGUAGAAUACAAUCUUUAUUUUAGUAGUUAUUUCUAUUUUUUUUAACGAUUUUACAGACAAGCUUUAAUUUUUUUUAAUAUCUUAACUCAUAUCAGUACUAUAUGUAUGUACAUAAACCUGAAUUCUGCAAAUAUUUUGUAAGAGUUUUAUAAGUAACGGUUCGUCAAUGUCCCCACCACUAUGAAGUUUUUGCUACAUUUAACUACAUUUUGCUUACAUUUGCAUUAAUUGCAUUUCUGUAUAUUUUGUUGUUAAUAUAAUAUAAAUCUAAUAAUAAUGGAAGAGAAUGUGGACACUUUUGCAUGGGUACAUAGAUUAGGAUGCCCAGCAACACUAUGCAAUGAUUUAAGCAAACAAAUAUUAAGAAAAGGACUCAUUGCAUUCCUGUGGGAUGAUUUAGCUGAUGUUAUAUUUACUUGUGACGAAACCACAGUUAUACGAAAAAAUGUUCUAUUACAUCAGUUGAAAAAUGGGAAACCCGAUAAAAUUGUUCAGUGCAUUCAAAAUAUAUCACGGAUGAAAUCAAAUCGACAGAACUCACGGAAUCAAAUAUCUAAGUUAGAAGAGGAAUAUGAACAACUAGAUUUUGCAGUCAGACAAAGAGUACAAAAAUUAAGAGAUACAUCAUCUAAACAUUCGCAAGUAAAGGUGAAAAAGCAAUUGCUGAAGAUGAAAUAUGAUGAAAUUAAUACACAGCUUUGUGAUUGCAACGAAAUGAGAUUAAUUUGUCAACACUUAAUGCCAAACACUUGUACAAAUUUAGAUCCUAAACUGAUAACUGAAAUGUCAGAUAUAGUAACUAGUCUUUGGGCUGGUGCAAAUAAACGACAUGUGUGGGAUACAGUAUCAAAUAAUCUUGACAAUAUUGAAGUAACUACAUUGUGGCAUCUUUUAAAUCAAAAUUUAGGUGAAGCUGUGGAUACACUAAUCGCGUCAGGAAAUACGGAAUCUUCGGAUACGGUCGAACAAAAUUCAAGCAAUGGUUUUCUCAGUAUACAUGGACAGCAUAUUUCUAUGAUUUCUAAACGGUUACUUUAUCAUGCAAAUGCAGGAAAGGAACAACAAAAUGUUCUUGAAUAUAUAAAAAAAAUUGAGGAGGCUACAAAUAAUUCUACGGAUGUAAGUGAAUGGUUAGCAUUGUCAUUGGAAGUUCGUAAAUUAGAAAUGGAACAAAGAAAUUUAGAAAAAGUACUAGACAAAUUUCAACAUGAUUUUGAUGAACAUGAUACAUUAGCUUUCGAUUUAAGUGAACUGACUUCAGAAAUACAAGAUAUUAAUACCAAGACUGUGGAAUAUAUGCAAGAUGUACAGCAAUCACUAAACCUUUUGAAGUCUUCUUCAGCACAGCUUAUGAAAACGAAAGAAAAGAUAUUGUUAGAAUUACAAAAAAUAUUAGCAUUGCGUAAUGCUGGUUGUGACAGUACAUGGUUAGAUAUUAAUUCAAGUACUACUGAAUUAGAUACAUUCCAUAAUACCUUGGAUCUUAAUGCUUUAAGAAAAAUCAUGUUGAAAGGAAAUGUUGGAGUUUAUAGGUAUACGAAAAGUUGUUUUAAUGAAGCAUCGCUCUUGAUUAGAAACUCUCAGAUUUCGAAUAUUAUGUGUUAUUUUCCAAUGAUUCAAACACCAAUCUAUUCUUUAAUAGAAUGUUAUAAAAAUUUAGUUUUACUGUUUGUUUACAAAAAAUUUGAAUCGUUAAAAAUUGAUGAAAAUUCAGAUGUAUUUCAAAUGCCUAUGUUAACAAACGAAGAAACUAAUACUCAUAUAGUCAAAUUAUUAAAUUUAUCAAAAGCUGUUAAUACAAAGACAAAUAUAGAAAUUGAUAACUUUAACAAAAUAUUAAAUGCUUGGGUACAUCAAACAGUUCAAAAAGUAAUGGAAAUUAUUGAAAAAACUGUAGAUGAUGCGACUUUUCCAGAUUGGGUUAAGCGUUAUGAUCUAUCAAUAUAUAUGUUACAAAAUCCACCACAGCGUUAAGCGUAUUAAUAUAUUUUAUUUUUAUGUACUAAGCAUUUUCACAAUAUAAUGUUUUUUAAUAAACAUAAUUGUAAUAGUCAA